UAUUUCCAACGUUUGAUCGAAUCCCAUGCAAUCAGUCCGUGUCCCAAACCGUGACUGAGAGAGAGAGCUAGCGGCAGUGAUUAGCUUACCUGAUCGACCCGAGGUCCUUGUCCAAGCCAGCGGUGUCUUCGGCGUUACUUCUCGUCUCCGGGGCAGCUGGGAAGGACAUCAGCCCGGCAACGCCCUGCUUCAUUCACUCGUGGCCCAUACAAGACGAGCAUGCCCUGGCGGCUGCGAGGACUCAGUGUGCGGAGCACUGCCCCCUAGCCCUACCGCUAAUGGUCGCUCCAGAACAGCGUCGACCUGUUUCUCGCGCUCUCGGCUCCAGCUUCCAGAUCGCCGGUUGUUUCGUCCUUCACCCAAUGGGCACAUCGCCGGCGACUGAGAUGUGCGCGACGCUAUUCACUGUAGAAUCGAGUGCAGCGUCCUGAACAUCGUCUGGAAAGCGCCGACACAUGUACACAGGGGUUCGGUGCUGCAGGCGUGAAUGAAUCAGUCGGUUUGUUUUGUCCGAUGAUCACGUUGCGGGCGUUUGUACCGGUAACGUUUGUCGACCAGCGCUCAGCGCGUGUGGGUACACAUUGGUUUUCAGGGUAGUGCGGUGCCACAGACUCAGUUAUCCACGCUACAAGAUCAGUAGAUCUCCGGAUCGGAGCGGCUGAGCAGGCCAUGUCGCUGUUCCACGAUGCCGCCAGCACUGGUGACCUGGCCAUGCUGCGGCGAGUGGGCAAGCGCGAUCUGGUGCGUCAGGACCAACUGGGAAUGACCCCGCUACACUGCGCGGCCAAGGCUGGAAGUCUGGAGGCGGCGAGAAUGCUCAUCACUCGAGGAGCGGAUGCCAAUGCGCUGGACAACGAGGGCCAGACGUGCGUUCACGUGGCAGCCCGACACGGCCACACCGCGCUCGUCAGGCACCUGAUUGAGGCGGCGCAGGCCAACGUGUGGGCGCUGAACGACGGCCAGUUGACGGCGUACGACCUCGCCGCAACGCACAGCCAUACGCAGGUCUUCCGCUAUCUCGACGCACUGCAGGUACGCAUGAUGACGGAGCAUCGGUCGAGCAUGGAGAAGGCGAAGACCCGCGCUCUUCGUGACUACAACAAGCGACUAGCAGCUCGCAGCAAACUGGACGAAAAGUCCGCCGGCCGACGACGCAAAACAAGUCAGCUGGUCGCAAGCGGCAGCCAGGAGCCGCUACCGGAGAGGUCACGGGCCUUCUCCGAGCCGAUCAACCCACCACUUCAGAAUGACGGCAUGAGAACGGCCGCUGCAAGCCACGCUGAGGCAAAGUCAAAGAAGUCGCGCUGGCGCAAGGACUCUGCUCCCGCCGCACCGCCGUCGUCCGUGACAACAGCUCCGGAUUCGUUUCCUACCAAGCUGGUGAGCGGGAUACGUGACAAGUUCUCGUUGCGCCCAACCCAGCACCACGCUCACCAGCUGGGCGAGAGGAGCAAGUCGGAAACGUCUGUCUUUCUGACAUCGUCUGCACCAGUGUCCACUGGCCGCGUCAACAAAAUGGCGCAGGCCGUGCAGCGGCUUCAGACGCUGGGCGGGCUCGGCCCGGGCGACGAGGAAUCGCUCACUCGCAAUCUGGCUGCUCUGCCGGUAGCCAGCGACGGGUUCGACAGCGACGCACAUAGCACGCGUUCCGAGGGCCGCAGCAAGGCGGCGAAGCGCAAGCCGCGCUCGAGCGGCGAAUCCUUCCUGCCGCGCGGUGCCAGUGAUUCGGAACUGUGCACCGCACCGCGCGGCAAAAGCACGGCAAAGCACAAGCAGCAUCAGCAGCCAGCCGCGGAGAAACCGGUCGAUAGGGAGCGUGCCACGGCUCGUCAUGGCCCGGACGACGCCACCAGAGAUGCACACUCUCAAGUGGCUAGCUUUCUGCACACGCUGGAGCUGGACGAGUUCCUUGCACUGCUGGAGGAGGAGCAGGUUGACAUGUCCGCUCUCAUGCUGUGCUCCGACCUGGACUUGAAGGACCUGGACAUGCCGCUAGGACCACGUCGAAAGAUACUGGCCGCGCUACGCCAGCGCAAGGGUGCCAUGUCGUCACCGCCGCGCCUGCAUGACAGCUACGUGUAGGCCUGUGCGCUGGAUCAUGCGGUGAGCACUUUCUGUGUCUGGCCGUUUGUACUCUCCACCUGGGUGUAUGUACCCUCUGCCUGGCUGUGUGUAGGCCUAUACGCAGGAUCAUGCGGUGAGCCCUCUCUGCCUGGCUGUGUGUACUCACUGUCCGGAUGUACGUGCUCUCUCCAUCCCACUGUGCUCGCUCUCCAGCCGGGCUAUAUGCAUACUAUUCAUCUGGCUGUGUGCACUCUCUGUUCGGCUGUGUGCACUGCUUACCCGUUAGCUGUGUGCACUCCGUCCGAAUGUGCCUGCUCUCCAUCAGGCUCUACGUACUAUUUACCCUCCGGCUGUGCGUACUCUCCGUCCGAAUGUGCGUACUGUCCACGCCGCUCUACGCACUCUCCACCCCGCGGUACGUACUUUCCACCCCGCUGUACGCACUCUCCAUCCGGCCAUGCGUACUGUUCACCCUCCGGCUGUAUGCACUGUCCAUCCGCCUGUGCAUGCACGUAGCUCAUGUGGUCGGAGAGCCUGUGAUCAGACCAGGUCCUGCCCGGCAAUCACUUGUAGCAGAGGAGCUAGUGUCCUCUGCCUCGGCCUGUGCCACACUGAAGCCAUACAUGUACGUGAGAACAUCCAACAGGCAGACAAUGGAGACUUUCGUCGUUUCACGAUGCAGAUGUACAGAAAUGUUUAUUCUGCUGUUCCAUCACCGGGCCUCACCUACAAGAGUGACAAGUCGUCUUCGUAUAGAGAUCCAGUCAUCCUGGCUGCUUAGAGAAGGCCUGCACAGAUUUUCACCUUUAUUCUAUAACUAUCAUUUCUGUCCGGCUUGAUCCGUGGAGGGUGGUGGUGUUGCUACGGAUGUGAAUUUAUUUCAUUUUUUUAUUUUAUUUUAUUUUAUUUCACUCAAGUCGUGGUCCAUCACCAACUGGCAUACCUGACUUAGUGCGAGUGACAGCCAGAGAUGAAAGCCAAGAUGGACGUCACAGCUAUAUGACACGAGCAAGGCAAACACGCCGGCAGCACGCGGGGCCAAUGCUGCCGGAGUGGCUGUUCUCCGUGUCAGAGAGCCGGUUGCAUAGGACACGGCGUGCAGUCUUCGGGAGUAUUGAUACCGAUGAGAGAUUGAUUGAAGUUUCCGUGAUCAAACGCUGCGGGAGCCCCAGCCAGCAGGACCUACAAUGAUGAGGACUGUGUCUCCUAUAGGGAAAUCCCCUAAUGAGGGACGGAGUGAUCAUGACCACAUAGGAUGACAGUAGCUGUUAGAUAUGUGUAGGUGAAGUUGAACCAAAUAAUAAUAGACUCAGAAUCCUGGUGAUCCACAUCAAUAAUAUUAAUCUGCAAAGGUUGAAACAUGAUAUGAGUUAAUCACCCCCCCCCCCCAGGUGCACACACAAACAGUGACACAGUCAAAAAAUGAUUCGUAGGCUUUUUUCCUUGGCGUAGCUCUAGCGCUUGUGCACACUGCUGCAUCAUGUGUCCAGGACAUGCACUCCGUGUACACGCGUGUAAGCUGCCUUAGAGUUCACAGUCAUCUGCCAGCGGCCAGCCAGGGCGGCAUGCUUCGUGCUCGUCUAAGCCAUCCCCCUUGAUCAGCCAAUCAUGUUUAUAAUCAUGCACUUCUCCAGUGUAUCACCAUCACAUUUUUUAAAUAAUUUAUUUGCCCUCCUCCUCCUCCUCCUCCUCAUUCUGCUCAAUGUUGACUAUGAUAUUUCUUCCCAUUCCGGUUUCCCUGGCCUUGAAUCACUUUUGCUACCAUGCAAACUUUAAAAAAAUGCCCUUGCCACAUCACAGCAAUAAUGCUCUAUGUACCAGAGCAUAUUGCCGGGUGCAUGCAAACCAGUGCGCAACACAGCAUUAUGUUGUUUAGCUGUUGUGGGAUAUUACAC